CCGCGCUGGAUUUCAAAUACCACCACACCGAGGAGCUGGAGGCGUACCUGAAGGGGAUCCACGCCGCGUACCCCUCCCUCACCCACUUGCACAGCAUCGGGCGCUCGGUGGAAGGUAGAGACCUGUGGGUUCUUGUUCUGGGAAGGUUUCCAACCCAUCAUAAGAUUGGCAUUCCAGAGUUCAAGUAUGUUGCUAAUAUGCAUGGGGACGAGACUGUUGGGAGAGAAGUUCUGCUCCAUUUGAUAGACUUCCUGGUGACCAGCUAUAGACGUGACCCAGUUAUUACCCGGUUACUCAAUAAUACCCGGAUUCACAUCAUGCCAACAAUGAAUCCUGAUGGAUUUGAAGCUACAAAAGUGCCUGAUUGUUACUACACACAAGGACGGUACAACAAGAAUGGAGAAGAUCUGAACAGAAAUUUUCCUGACGCCUUUGAAAGUAACAAAGCAAGCAUUCAGCCAGAGACUCAAGCAGUAAUGAACUGGAUAAAAAAUGAAACAUUUGUUCUUUCGGCAAACUUGCAUGGGGGUGCCCUGGUUGCCAGUUACGCCUUUGAUAAUGGUAACUCAGUUACCGGCUCUUUGAAAGGCUAUAGCAGGUCUCCAGAUGAUGAUGUCUUUAUUCACCUGGCAAAAACCUACUCUUUCAACCAUGCCAGCAUGUACAAGGGGACUGGGUGUGACAACAGACAAACCUUUCCAGAAGGCAUUACCAACGGGUAUGCUUGGUACCAGCUGGAAGGUGGAAUGCAAGAUUACAACUAUGUCUGGGGACAAUGUUUUGAAAUUACAUUGGAGCUGUCAUGCUGUAAAUAUCCUCCAGAAGACCAGCUGGAAAAGUUCUGGAGAGACAACAAAGUUGCUCUGAUCGAAUAUAUAAAACAAAUACAUCUAGGUGUCAAGGGUCAAGUUACUGAUAAGAAUGGGAAUCCUAUUCCCAAUGCCAUCGUGGAAGCCAAAGGAAGGCCUCACAUCUGCCCCUACAGAACAAAUGAACAAGGGGAGUACUUUCUUCUCCUUCUGCCUGGGACGUAUGUGAUCAAUGCUACUGUACCAGGAUUUAAAUCGAUGCUAAAGACAGUGGAAAUAACUGACAACACUGGUAACUUCAGUGCUUUGAAACAUGACUUCUCUUUCUCAGAAGUCUCUAUCAGAUCAAGAGCUGCUUCAUGUCCCAAAACUCCCCUCUACCAAGAGCUCGAACAGGCUUCAGCUGCAGUAAAACCAACUCUACAUAUCUUGGUUUUGAUGACUGUUAUGCUUGUAAUUCUCCAAUAAAGUCAGAAAUGACAUGACACGGCAAGGCAAAAUCUUCCUGCACAAAUGUGGCUUUUCAGACAAGGAAUUGUAUAUGCAAAAGAAUAUAUGUUUUUAUAAGCCAAAUUCUCAGAUUUACAAGCACAUUUAUUGUAUUUUGUAAAAUACUGGCUUGACAAUCAAAUGUUUUACUUCAAUUAUAACAGACUAUCAUAUUUUUCUACAUAAGGAUUUUACUCUAAAGAAAUUCUGUACAGCCUGUGGAGAUAACUGUAGAAUUUUGAUGCAGAAAGUACAAAGACAUUCUGAAGAAUUUGCCACAAGUUCAAAGAACUCUAGGAUUGUACUGCAAAUGUUGUAUGCAAGCUCAGGUUCCUCACUGAGCCAACAGC